AGCAGGGCUGGGGCACUGCCUGCAGUCACCCCGGGCACAGCACACAGGCACAGAGAGCUUCAAUCACUCAGGGCUGGGAAGGAGCUGAGAAGUGACUGCGGGAGAAUCACUCCCAGCCCUUGACACAGGAACCUCUGGCUGCAGGACACAAGGCAGCUGCAGCUCCUGCAGGGAUCUCCUAAAGCUGCAACAUCCCAAUGCCUACAGACUCUGACUCCAUGGCCAGAGUGCAGAAAUGUCCAACAGCAGUGUUGCCCGAUCCGAAGAAAACACAAACAACCGAAGUCGUUUAUGCGGUGCUUUAUUGAGGGCCCGGGAGUCUGUGGACGAGCGUCCAAAGACAAGACCCCAUCUUUACUGAAAAAUUACAGGGUUUUUAUAUGUUUCUUUACAUGAUUUCUUCAUCAUUACAAAUUCUUACUUCACUUUUACCACCUGGUACAAUUAUCUUUCUGACAUUUAGGUUUCUGCCAAAGGUACAUUCCUUAGAUAAAUGGAUACACUCCUUAGCUACACUGCUUACAUUACAAAAUCUGCUAUAAAGUUCAUCUGCAGGUUACAUGCGGCCUACCAAGCCUUAGCAUGACUACUACUACUAAUGUCAACUACUGUCAACUACUGUCAAUUCUUAACAUUUGCUACUAACUUAAUACAGUUUAUUGAAUAAGAUGAAUGUGAUGGCAACAGCAGCUCCAUCAGCCACUUCCUCCUGCUGCCAUUGGCAGACACGCAGCAGCUGCAGCUCCUGCACUUCUGCCUCUUCCUGGGCAUCUCCCUGGCUGCCCUCCUGGGCAACGGCCUCAUCAUCAGCGCCGUAGCCUGCGGCCACCUCCUGCACACGCCCAUGUUCUUCUUCCUGCUCAACCUGGCCCUCACCGACCUGGGCUCCAUCUGCACCACUGUCCCCAAAACCAUGCACAAUUCCCUCUGGGACAUCAGGUACAUCUCCUACAAAGGAUGUGCUGCUCAAGUUUUUCUGAUUUUUUUUUUCUCUGGAUCACAGCUUUCCCUGCUGACCAUCAUGAGCUAUGACCGCUAUGUGUCCAUCUGCAAACCCCUGCACUACGGGACCCUCCUGAGCAGCAGAGCUUGUGCCCACAUGGCAGCAGCUGCCUGGGCUAGUGCCUUUCUCUAUUCACUGCUGCACACAGCCAAUACAUUUUCCCUGCCCCUGUGCCAUGGCAAUGCCCUGGGCCAGUUCUUCUGCGAAGUGCCACAGAUCCUCAAGCUCUCCUGCUCCAAAUCCUGUCUCAGGGAACUUGGGCUUCUCAUAGUCUGUGCUUUCCUGUUAUUUGGUUGUUUUGUGUUCAUUGUUUUCUCCUAUGUGCAGAUCUUCAGGGCUGUGCUGAGGAUCCCGUGUGAGCAGGGACGGCACAAAGCCUUUUCCACCUGCCUCCCUCACCUGGCUGUGGUCUCCCUGUUCCUCACCACUGCAAUGUUUGCCUACCUGAAGCCCCCCUCCAUCUCCUCCCCAUCCCUGGAUGUGGCCCUGUCAGUUCUGUACUCGGUGGCGCCUCCAGCCCUGAACCCCCUCAUCUACAGCCUGAGGAACCAGGAGCUCAAGGCUGAAGUGCAGAGACUGAUGACUGGAUGGUUUCAGAAACAUUAAACUGCUGGCCAAUUUCUGCAAAUCACUAGGAAUAAAAGCAAUUUUUGUUA